UUUGACGAACAGCGGAAAAGUCAUUCGAGUUGGAUUUUGGAUUUGGAACGGAGAGAUUGGAGUUGUAUCGAAUAAUCAGAAAUUUUUACAGAAAUCAUAGUAUUUAUUUAUUUAUUAAAACCUAUUUUUAAAUUUUAGUGCUAUUUUUUGUUAAGGUAUAACAUUAUUUUUGUUAAAUUUGGUUCAUUUACCGUAAGCAAAAAUAUAUUUGUUCCAUCGAAUCGUAAUAAAGGCCGUUCGCUGGGCGUAAAAAGAAAAUGGCGUGUGCUACUCUUAAAAGAAACCUGGAUUGGGAAUCUUCGGCACAGCUACCAUCUAAAAGGCGAAGAUGUGCUUUAAUUGCUGCUAGCUCAAGUACAAGUCCUGGCAUAAAAGUAUCGGAAUCUUCCAAAAGUUCUAGUUCUGUAUUUGGAGAGACCGUUAGUGCAUCUGUAAAAUUGACCCCAGAACGCAUGGCACAGGAAAUUUACAAUGAGAUGAAAAGGCUUCAACGUCGCCGGCAGCUGAAGCUUGCAUCGGGGGUUGCAGCGUCUUGCUCUUCGUCUAGUGGAAGUGAAGGUGAUACCUCGCCACCUCAUCAUUCGCACGCCACACAAGGAACUAAGAUUCAUCACAGGGCGCUCUUCACAUUUAAACAGGUGCGUCUUAUCUGUGAGCGUAUGCUUCGCGAGCAGGAGGUUGCGCUGCGUGCUGAGUAUGAGUCUGUGUUGAGCAACAAGCUCGCCGAGCAGUACGAGGCAUUUGUACGCUUCAAUAUUGAUCAAGUUCAGCGCCGACCACCUCCGUCUACUUGCAUUCCUUUUGGAAUGGACGCUGAAAAUAUGCAUCAGGAUCUUGUACCCAGCUAUCUGUCCUAAUAAAAAAGGAGAUGCGUCCUACAUUGAAAAAUAUCAAGACAAACAUAUUUUGGUAUAUGUGAAUAAGCUUAGUGUAACCUAAUGAUGGAUAUGUACAUUGUGAGUGGAAUUUAACUGUGACUGAUAUUGUGGGUUGUUGCCUGUUAAAUAUCAAUACAGUAUUAAAAAAAAAAACUUAAAAUUGUUUGAAGGGACAGCCAAUAUUAAUGGGUUGGCCUAUAUAAAAACUGUCUUACCCAUAUAUCCACAAUAUUAACUGAGAUAAAUUCCAUGGAUUGGUCAUACUACAUAAAUAUAAAAUUAGCUUAUAAUGCUUAGUUAAGAUUUGCAGCAUAAUUGUGUUCAUAGACUGAGAAAAUUCACAAGGAUUGUGAGGAAAGAUGGUUGAAACAAUGGGAAUUUGUUUGACCAUACUAUACUAACUAUAAUUCGCCUUUUUUUAGUAGGAGAUCCGAACUAGAGACAAAGUUCACCCAUCUGCUUAUCGGAUGUAAAAUAAUUUAAUAUUUAUUUUAGAUUAGGAAAAUAAUCCCGAAAGAGUUGCCUGAAAAAUCCCAGCCAGUCUAUAUUUAAUUUAAUAUUGAAAAAUUAAUUUUUAUUUAAAAAUGUACCCACAAGUUUAAAGAAUAAAUUUGAUAUCAACCAAUAGUAUGAAGCCUGUAGAAAAUUUAAAUAUUGGGUUGUAUAUUAAUAUAUGAAGGGUCAACUGCAAUAAUGAUGAAUGUCUUUUGUUUUUAAAUAAUUGGGUUUAAAAUUUACCAACGUUGUAAAAAAACUCAGACAUGAAGAUUGUAAAAUGUUGUUUAUUAAAGUUAAAGUAUAGGCAUAA